AUGAGGACCCUACCGGUAAUCGUGUCUUUUUCGUUUCUGUUCUACUGUACUCUUGGAUAUCGUCCAUCUAGCAAUGUGUUGGAGAAUAUCAAGAAGGUUCAUCCGGAUAGAAUCUACAACAAGUUGAGACCCGAUGAUUUUGAUAAUUUUAUUGUCAUGUCGGAAGUUCCUGGAAGGACAUACUUUAAAAUCGGGGCCUGUAAGCUCAGAUUUACAUUGAAUUGAUUUGACGGUAUCUAUGAGUGUCCUAAACUUGUCUAAUUUCAGUAAGCCGUAACGAGAGUUUUGCAUCGAUUUCAAAGGAGACUCAGGUUUCAUCCGUAAGUCUGAGGAUAGAAAAACGAGAGAUAUCAAUUGUUUGUUUUGCAGUCGCCCUACCCAUUGGUAUUCUUCCCAUCCAAAGCGGGUGACGGAGUCUACGGCGACAUCCUUUACGAAGUAGCCGACACCAAGCAAAUCAAAGUCUUCUCUCUAAAAAAGUAAGUAUGUAUGUUUCUUACUGUAUUAUGUAUUCACCAGUAUAUGAUUCUAAUGUCUUCAGCGGCUCACACUGCGCGUAUGCCAUUCCGGGCUGGUCGGAUAUCAGAAACCGGCCUCACGUAUAUGUGAUGGGAAACUACUUGAGUCUUGGACCCGAGGAUGCCGUUCGAUUGGACACUCUCGUCUGUGGUCAACGCUCGUUGCCAGUUGUCAAAGUGGCGGACCUCACCGAUGCAGAGCUUCCAAAAGCCGUAAGGGACAUGGUGCCGGCUUGCUGGAAGGAUGUAAGUGUAAAGAAGAGUGCUAUCGAAGCGUGACGCUUUGAAAUUGAGAAACACUGGCGAUUUUUGCCAAGUUUAAUCUAUGCAUAUUUAAAUCUUCAACUUUUCUGCCCUCUGUGAAGCCUCUCAACUUUCCAGAGUCAAAAUAAAAGUCAAGAGAAAUACUGUGUGGACGAUCUUGACAACGACAACACAUUUGUGGUUCCCCGCGCCAACCCGAUUUACCAUACCAACAAUUUGACUGUGUAUGGCUUCUGCUGCGACAGCAACUUCCAAUGCGAAGGCGACGGCGGAGAUCGAUGCUCUUACUUCAUCUACGAUCACAUUUCGAACGCCGACUUCUAUAUUGACGAUGAAUCGCCAUGGACUACGGACGAGUACCGUAAGCCGAUGUUCUUGAUUCCGGCGAUCGCCAAGACGGACCUGUUCCACAGUCACACCAGAGUAAACGCUUCGACUCCGGCUCCGCCAAGCACCACUCCGGCUCCACCAAGCUCCACUCCGGCUCCACCAAGCACCACUCCGGCUCCACCAAGCACCAGUCCGGCUCCACCAAGCACCAGUCCAGUUCCGGGUCCAGCUCCACGGCCUGGCCCAUGCAGGUUCUGCAAUUUGUCCUUCUUCUUCGGAUUUUUCGGCGGAAAGUAA